UGUAAGGUUUGGGGUGGAAAGGGUGUUGGGUGGAGUUUGAUUUCCAUGGUGAACUACAUCCAGCUAGCAAUGAAAUGCCAGAGCAUGAUAGAUUCAUCUACUAAUUACAGCGAUUUAUACAAUACCCUACCAGUGGACAGACCUACUCUUUACACCUUUCUGUUCUGGAUUGCCACCGGUUUCAAGUUCAUGCACUUGGCAGCAGGGGGGUCAUUCUAUUUACUAAUUCUAGUGGCCGCCAAAGACCUGCGAUGGACUGUAACUGGAAUGCAAGCCAACUCAGUUCCUGUACCUGAAAAAACUGGAACAGAAAGCGAUUUACAGCUUCUCAUAGAAAGGAGAAUUAUACCGAUGAUAUCUCGUCUGCAUAAAGCGCUACCUUUGAGCAUGCCUGGUGCGUUUGUAGCCCUGGACCGGGAGGUGGACUGGACAUGCAUUAGGGACACUGACCGCCUUUUUGAUGGGGUGAAUACUAAUAAUUACCAGCUCCCUUCUCGUCGCAAAUCGGCGUGGAGAAGUUGUCUAGACCCUUGCUGGGACGAUACAUUGAGCCUGGGGUGCAUCACCAGGUCAUUUGGGGAUGUAGGCGCAGCAAGACUACCACACUUACCCAAAUUCUUCGACGACUCUACCUCCAUCAAGACCUUCCCAAGGUUGAUUUCCAUAGAGACAGCCUUUAACCAUAACACUCCAGAGAACCGACACAAUCCGGUUAACGGCAACAAAGUGCAGAACUUGCUGUGGACUAUCGAGCAGCGAAAGAUCGUUGAGGAGAGUGCAGUAACAAUCACAGAUACAGAAGAUUUAAAGGCGAAGCUAUCCACGUUCUACCCCUCUGGAAUCAAACAACCGGACGCCUACAUCAAGAUUCCAAUGUCUAUCCUUCCGGGAGCAUUGGAAAUUCGCAACUUGGAUGGGAGCCUCAUGGUGUUCAUCUGCAAUUUCAUGCCUCCUUCAAUGCGAGAUAUGCUUUUCCCAUUACUGAAAUCUGCUUUUGAUUGCCUAGAGGUGUUCACGAAUCGCACCGUGUUGUCUAUAUCUCAAGAGACCCAGGAUCCUGAGGCCGUAUUACAAUCUGAAGCAAACGAACCAUUUCGCUGCAUUCACUUUAGCCAUUGGAAUAGAUACGGUCUUUCGGGCAACAUGGCACCUGCUGACGCACACCCUCAUGAUUUGGUGGCUACAUCAGGCAGAACUAACCUCACGCAAACGCUGCCUUACAUGUCACGUGAAACUUUUGAAUACGAGCAACUGUAUCUCAACAUCCAGAAUAACCUAAGGGAGGUUUUUGAGUGGAUAGAGCAGACAGUUGCUCAUUAUCUUCCAGACGACUAUACUGCUCUCGCUGAGCUUGUUGAUAUUCUUCCCAACGCUGGUGGAUCACCGGUAAAACCUUUCUUGUCUCUGCUAGUGAACAUCAACGUCUGCACAAUAGGUCAU